GGUAGAUGGAGGUGGCGGCGGCGGCGGCGGCGGGUUGCGGACUGGAGUCUCUACCCGACCAGCGGCGACUCCUGUGUGGAGCGAGGCAGUAGGAGCACCGAGCCCCAGAGGCGGCACCGGGAUCUCCGGCUCAGGGGAGGGGGUCGCCGGACCGGGUGGAGGGAAGGGGGCAAUGCUGGAAGCCAUGGCGGAGCCCAGUCCCGAAGAUCCGCCUCCGACUCUUAAGCCAGAGACUCAGGUGAGAUGCCCCUUACCUUUCCAGCCACCAGAGAAACGACGGAGAACAAUUGAGGAUUUCAACAAAUUCUGCAGUUUUGUCUUGGCUUAUGCUGGCUACAUCCCCCCUAGCAAAGAGGAAAGUGACUGGCCAGCCUCUGGCUCUAGCUCUCCAUUGCGAGGAGAGAGUGCAGCAGACAGUGAUGGCUGGGACUCAGCUCCCUCGGACCUUCGAACUAUCCAGACCUUUGUUAAGAAAGCAAAGUCAUCAAAGAGAAGGGCAGCCCAAGCAGGUCCUACCCAGCCAGGACCCCCAAGGUCCACUUUUUCUCGUCUGCAGGCCCCUGACAGUGCCACCUUGCUUGAGAAGAUGAAGCUCAAGGACUCUCUCUUUGAUUUGGAUGGGCCCAAAGUGGCGUCUCCACUGUCCCCCACGUCCCUGACACAUCCCUCCCGGCCCCCUGCUGCUCUCACUCCAGUGCCGCUUUCCCAGGGAGACCUCUCCCAGCCUCGAAAGAAGGACCGAAAGAACCGAAAGUUGGGGCCAGGAGCGGGGGCUGGUUUUGGCGUGCUGCGGAGGCCUCGGCCAGCUCCUGGGGAUGGGGAAAAGAGGUCUCGAAUCAAGAAGAGCAAGAAACGGAAGUUGAAAAAAGCAGAGCGGGGGGAUAGGCUCCCACCUGCCGGCCCUCCCCGAGCACCCCCCAGUGAUACAGACUCUGAAGAGGAGGAGGAAGAGGAGGAGGACGAGGACGAGGAAGAAGAGAUGGCAGCAGUGGUGGGUGAAGCCCCAGUCCCCGUGCUCCCGGCACCCCCUGAGGCUCCUAGGCCACCUGCCACAGUGCAUCCCGAAGGACCUCCUCCCACUGACAGUGAAGGCAAGGAGGUGGGCAGCACAGAAACAAGCCAGGAUGGAGAUGCCAGCUCCAGUGAAGGGGAGAUGCGGGUCAUGGAUGAGGACAUCAUGGUAGAAUCAGGUGAUGACUCAUGGGAUCUGAUCACAUGUUACUGCAGAAAGCCUUUUGCUGGGCGGCCCAUGAUUGAGUGCAGCCUGUGUGGGACGUGGAUCCAUCUCUCCUGUGCUAAGAUUAAGAAGACCAACGUCCCUGAUUUCUUUUAUUGCCAGAAAUGCAAGGAACUGCGGCCAGAGGCCCGGCGGUUAGGGGGUCUUCCCAAAUCUGGAGAGCCUUGACAUCAUCGUAGGUUGGAACUCUGACAUGACUUGGGAACUGAGCCUCAGGGUCCUCAGCCACCAUACUGUCCUCUCUUCAAGGCCGGAAUUCCCAAAGGAGACUCACUUGGAAAUGUCUUCUAACUUCCUGCUCCUUGGACUUGAAAUUGGACCUAUUGCAAUUGAGUGGCUGAUCCAGAAGCUGUCUGGAUCUGUAGACACAAUCUCUUGUCCCUUGGACCUGCCACCCCUCACUUUCAGGGCCAGGGCUCAAAUGGGGAUGUAAUGGGAUAGUUGUCUAUAAAACCGUAGUGUAAAUAUAGCACUCCCUUCCCUCAUUUUUUCGUCUAUUUCACUCCCCAUUUAUUUUCUUCUACACUGUUGUAUUUUUAAUUUUAGACUUCCCCUUUUUGGGCAUGGCUGCUCAAAGGUGGAGUACAUAGCCUGGUGGAGUGAGGAAAGCAAAAAGGUGACUAUCACUUUUGUUUAAUAUUGGCCAGCCUCUUGUACAGACAGCCUGCGUGAUGUAAAUAAAGGAGAGUGGGCUCUGUGUUUCAUA